AUGGGUUUCCCGCCAUUUUGUCGACAAUGGAUUAUGCAAUGUGUUACCACUGUCUCCUAUUCCAUCCUUGUAAAUGGUGAGCCUACUACAAGAUUCAAACCAUUGUGCGGAUUACGGCAGGGUGACCCUCUUUCCUCUUACCUGUUUAUUUUGAUAAUGGAUAUUUUGUCUAGAUUGUUGCUAGAUGGAGUUAGCAAUGGUUCAUUUCAAGGAAUCAAGCUUUCUCGAUCUAGCCCGAUUUUGUCUCACCUUUUUUUCGCAGACGAUUCUUUAAUUUUCUUCAAAGCCACCCCCGAAGCUUGUGCAGGUGUGAAAGAUAUUCUUGCUCGGUUUAGCAGAUUGUCGGGAGAAGUAAUCAAUUACAACAAGUCCCAUAUCAUGUUUAGCCCAAACACACCCCUCAGGUUUAAGAGAUUCAUGAGAAGUAUUGUCGGCACCCCCUCUGAAGAGUCUUUAGGGAAAUACUUAGGAUGUAAUAUUGAAGUGGAUGGUAGAAGUUCUAGAAAAUUUCAACCAUUGGUAGAGAAAGUAGAGAGGAAGGUUUCCAGCUGGCAUCAUCUCACUUUGUCACAUGCGGGAAGGGUCAUAUACAUUAAUAGCAUCCUCUACAUGCUAAGUCUGAACAUUCUAAGUGUUUUCCUCAUUCCUAAGACCACGGUCGAUAAGAUAAAUGCGAUUUUUGCUAGAUUCCUUUGGGCCAAUCCCAACUCUCCAUCGCCAAUAUUCUGGAAGAGCAGGAAAAUCAUCGAACUGCCGAAAGGAGGAGGAGGGUUAGGGAUAAGGAAUGUCCACCUUUUCAACAAAGCACUGCUAACGAAACAAGCAAUCAGAAUCCAUAAUUCACGUCAGUCUCUGAUCUCACAGGUCCUCUUAGCCAAAUAUAAAGCAUCUCCAGUAGAUAUUGUUUUACGGAACAAAAAAAUGGGCAGAGUAUCUUGGGGAUUGAGAGGACUCUGUAAGGCGGUUCAGGAUUGUCGCGCGGGUUUCACAAGUCAAAUUGGUGAUGGAUCAAAUACAGACAUCGAAGGUGAUAAAUGGAUUAGGGAAGGCCCAGUCAUAGUGAAAUCUGGGAUUAAUCUAGCUCACAUGGGAAUUAGACAGGUGAAGGAUCUUCUGAACACACAACAAAAAACAUGGAAUUCUUCGCUAAUCUGGAAAUGUUUCAACUCUGACACUGCCAUGAAGAUAUUAGCCACUCAUAUACCGGCAGAAGACCUGCAUGACAGAUUUGUUUGGAGCGAAUCAAAAUCGGGUGUACCCAAGGUCAAGGAUAUUUAUGCAUUCUAUCUGACCGACAAAGGAGAAUUGAAUAUCACGCAGGAAAACAGACAAUUCUGGAACAAACUUUGGGCCUCCGAUCUCAUACCAAAAUGGAAGUUCUUCACAUGGAGACUACUGAAUAAGGCUCUGGCUACUAGCUCCAAUCUCCUAAAAAGAAACAUUCUGAUACAAGAGAUGUGCUUUCUAUGUAAGCAAUAUAAAGAGAAUGAGAGUCACUUAUUCAGAGAUUGUAAUAUAUCAAGGCGUGUAUGGGCAAGCUCGCUUUUGGGAAUAAGAAUAUGCCCCAUGACAGUCAUAUCUGUUGAAGAAUGGAUUAAGAACUUUCUCAAGCUAUUCUGGAACGAGGAUGGCGUCAAGUCAACACGGGUAUCAGAGUUCAUAGCAGCACUAUGGGCUAUAUGGAUUCAUAGGAAUAACGUCGUCUUCAGGAGUGAAGAGGUGAAUCCGAUCGCAAUUAUGAACUUAAGAAUAGCUCUUCUCAAGGAGAUUAGAGAGAGUAACAGAUUCCGGGAUAGAAACAACCCUCUCUCUCACACCGAUAACUCAAGUUUGGAUAGAUGUCACGACUCUCAGCUUAGUUCUUCUACUGACGAAUGUAUAGUUAAGGUUGAUGGAGCUUGGAAGAGGCAUAAGCAAAAGCAUCCACGAGCGGGAAUUGGAUGGUCAGCCCUCUUGGACAAUUCCAAAAUUUUUGAAGGAAAUGAUGCAGUAAUCUCUUUGUCUUCCCUACAAACGGAAGCUCAUGCAGUUCUCCGAGGGUUACGUGAAGCAUACGCUCAUGGUGUUAACCGAGUUCGCAUUUACUCAGAUAACAGAGUUCUCGUACAAGCCCUUCACAAACGUCAAUACCCUUUCGAAGUUGCAUCUAUCGCACAUGAUAUACAGGCUUUGCGUAGUAAAUUUUUGUUUUGUAAUAUCCAUUAUGUAGGUAGAGAUGUAGUGGCCCCUGCUUAUGCAUUAGCUACAGCAGCCAGAUUAGGUAGUCUCAUAUAA